ACAGAAAUCACAUGUGUGUCCACAUAUCAAUUCGGUUCCAAUCUUAAACCGAUGCCACCCCAGCACACACCCAUUUCCCAUAGUGCCCUUGUGUAAAUAAUCCAAAUUCGGUGCGAAGCGCGAACCACACCACCAAACCAAACAGACACGCGUGAGAAACUGGCACUGAGCUGAGUUGGUGGCGAUGACGACGCUGCAAGCCGUCGCACCCGCACCCACUCGCCUAAUGGGAAUGAUAUCAAAAAGACGGCCAGACCCGUUAAUGACGUCGCACACGAGACUUCUCCGAACCAGAAUCCAGAACAUCCGACCGGAUUGAGGCGCUCGCUCAGUUGAUUCACGCUUCUCGUCGUGAUUGAAACGUUUGCAGCGUGUCUGUCGGCUGUCAAAACACCCGCGAGAUCUCUACACUUCUUCGAGUAUGUAAGUGACGGACGGGGUGGACCUCCGAAUCUGUCCGACUGACGUUCGAUUACGCGUUGAAGUCGAAAUUUGAGCAGUCCCGUGGAACACCGUUGUGAACACCCCACGGCGGAUGGCUUCAUUAGACUCAAUUAACCCACCCGUAACAGCGACCAAAAAAAAAAAACGGGUCCGGAUGUGUGCUCUGUUUUGUUUUCCCGAGCUCCCGCUCAAAAAGUGUCUUUGUUUCGUCAAGUGAAAAACAACGGUCCGGGAGAAAAGCCGCCGGGGCCAUUAGUGUGGAAUGCAAAAUGCCUGGUCCAUCAAUCCCCCGCCCGGCCGGACGCACCAAGUGAAAGAGCGGCCGACUUCGGGGGCGGCGGCGUUUUAAUAAUCGACUUUAUGAAAUGUGCCGUCAGUACCGUUCAAUAGUUAGUACCUACCGGGUGGAGAUUGAGUGAGUGAAAUUACAGGCAGUUUGUGUGGCCUGGCGGCUAGUGGAAUACGCGAACCCUUGUUGCCAGUCGAUUUGGCUCACCCGUUGCAUUCUGGGCCCAUAACCCGCGGUGUGGCAAGCAGAUUUAGUAUCGUUCUACGUGGCGCGUGUGUAAAAACGCCAUCUCGCGCGCCUGGACGCGCAGGUACCUAACUCCAAUCGGGAAAAGAAGAUAAAUGCCUAUGUACACACGCGGAUGACGCAGGAAAGUCGGUGAAUCGGUUCGACAAGCAUCAACAGCAGCGGGCGUCUCAAUGGGUUAAACAACUUCGCGAACGCAACAAGUGUAGAAACGAUAGCCUUGAUGUAAGUUCAUUAUCAAAGGUACUCUAGCAAAAGCUCCGCACCGAAAUUCAAUCCGUGUGCCCCAAAUGACGCUCGAUAAAGUUCUGCAACCGCGACGUAGAGCGCCACCGCCAUUGUCACUAGUGUCGUUGGGAAACGGUGCGAAAAGUGAAUCCUUGAAAAUCACCAUCAGACCGGGUGCUGAUGAGUCGCCUCGCAAUGGCAACAAUGAAAAUAAACUUCCACGUUCGCUAAAACCUCAGCCGAGCCCGAGCGGUGGUGGUGCCAGCAACAAUUGCAAUAACAAACCUAAUCAAAACAAUAAUUACCGUCACGCGGCCGCAAGUGGCGGUGAAGGACGAUUGUCCGACGUGGGGACCGCCAGCGCCGCCGUAGGGAUGGAGGCCGUUCCGCAAAUUAAAAUCGUUAUUGAUGAUACCGAGCUGGAUCGGCGACGAGCAGAUAACAGCAACAGUGGCCAAAGGAUGGCAGCGAAGGAAACGGGUAGUGGUGGGACGGGUGAAGUGGUUUCCUCGCCGAGUUUGCUCACUCCCAGCAGUCCGCCGGCUUCGUUCUGGGGCUUUGGGUUCGGCAAUGGGGACCCUGCUGGGAACGAGGAUAGUGAAGAUGAAGUUGGUUUUGCUGUGGAAUAUGAACUGGACGAAAUGAUUGGAUCGACGAAUGAUGACGAUGUGUAUAGUGUGCUGGAUGGGGAUCAUCAUCAUCAUCAUCAUUUGCAACGACAGCACCAUCACCAUCAUCAUCAUCUUCACCUUCAAGAGGAUGAACUGGACGACGAUGAUGAUGAUGAGGACGACGAUGACUACAGAAGUGCGUGCAAACUAUCGGACAAAAAUAGGGCCGACCGGCUUGCGCGUCCACGAAUGUCACUGCUGGGGAAGCCGCUCAACUAUAACCGCGGCUCACGACGUGAUGCCCGUUAUAGGCGGCUACAGAGCAGGGUCUACAACUUUCUGGAACGACCGCGGGGCUUCAGAGCGAUUUUCUACCAUGUACUUGUAUUCUUCAUGGUGUUCACAUGUUUGGCCUUAAGUGUCUUCUCAACUAUUCAGGAAUACGAGGAUCAAGCAAUCGCCAUCUUAUUCGUUAUGGAAAUUAUCGUAGUUAUAUGGUUUUCGAUCGAGUUCUUCCUACGACUAUGGUCAUCAGGAUGCCGGUCACGAUAUCAAGGAGCCGUCGGAAGGCUGAAAUUUUUAAAACGGCCUUUUUGUAUCAUAGAUAUAGUUACGAUAAUAGCAUCGAUAGUGGUACUUGUGAUGGGAACAUCCGGCCAGGUCUUUGCUACGAGUGCAUUGCGUGGCCUACGGUUCUUCCAGAUCCUGCGCAUGGUGCGGAUGGACCGACGUGGUGGCACGUGGAAACUGCUAGGGAGCGUCGUUUAUGCUCAUAGACAAGAACUAAUAACAACACUGUACAUAGGAUUCCUGGGCCUUAUUUUUGCCUCGUUUUUAGUGUAUCUAAUGGAGAAGGAUGUGAAGGAAACCAAAUUCAAUAACUUUGCUCAAGCCUUGUGGUGGGGUGUGAUAACGCUGUGCACCGUCGGAUACGGCGAUAUGGUACCGGAAACGUGGCAAGGGAAAAUUAUUGCCUCGUUUUGCGCCUUACUCGGAAUCUCGUUCUUUGCCCUGCCAGCGGGCAUCCUCGGUAGCGGUUUCGCCUUGAAAGUACAACAGCAGCAACGGCAGAAGCACAUGAUCCGACGCCGUCAGCCAGCUGCCACGCUGAUCCAAUCGCUCUGGAGAUGCUACGCAGCGGACGAACACUCGCUCUCGGAAGCGACGUGGAAAAUUCACCAAGUACCUCUUCCCAGCCCGCCGCCAUCAUCCAAACUGGAAGCAGCGGAAAAACUGGCAGCAGCUUCCGCCGCCGCGCGGGCGUCCUCGAGCUUCAAGCACAACGCCUCGUUCGUGGCCCGGCUGCCGACGAUCCGGCGGCACAAGAGCCAAUCGCUGCACUCGCCAGGGAACGCGAAACCACCGGGCAGCGGCAGCGGGACCAGCGGAGGCGGCAGCACCCGGGCCGGACGGUGCCCACGGGUGACGGACAUCAACGCUUCCUCGGAGAACCUGGAAGUAACCAACAACGGUAGACCCAUGAACCCCAGUCUCAGCGAAGACUCGGUUGCGGAAACAGCACUGUCCAAGAAAAAUUCCGAUGCCGGUCUGGAGAUGGCAUCCAUGUCGUCGAUCCCCGGUACAAACGCCGUCAACGACCUGGUCCCGGGGCGGGGCUUCCUGUCCACGGUGAGCCUCUGUCAGUCAACAUCGCGUCGGAGCAGCUUCGUCAGUGGGAUAUUCUCCUCGUCAUCCGGCGGUGGUGCAGGCCGGCGAGGCAGUGCCAACGAGAACAGCACCCUCAUCGGCCACGGAUCGGGUGGCGUUCCCAACAACAAUGAAGACGAGGAACCGAGGUGUGUACAGCUAACAAACCAGCACAAGGGGGCCAUCCGAUUCAUCCGAAAGAUGAAGUACUUUGUAGCGCGACGAAAGUUCAAAGAGGCCUUAAAACCGUACGACGUGAAAGACGUCAUGGAGCAGUACGCAGCCGGACACGUCGAUCUGCUCGGCCGAGUGAAGAAUGUUCAAACUAGGUUAGACCAAAUUCUUGGCAAACAAGGAUCAAAAUCAAAAGAUGUGUAUGCAUCGAAAAUUAGCUUAGCUUCUCGUGUAGUGAAAAUUGAAAGACAAGUUGACGAUAUAGAGACAAAGGUAGAUACGUUUAUAGAGUUAUACAUGCAGGAUCGGAAGCGCCUUUUAUCACUUCCACUCCAUCCUGACACAUCACAUUCCAACAAUCCAAACCUUCCAUCGUUGCCACCGAAAGGGGGCGGAGCAGCGGCUGUAAUCACGUCUGUGACAAGUAGUUCUAGUGGUUCGUUAAAACCAAAACCUAUUUUAAUAGAUAAACAAUUUUCGGAGCCGAAUUCACCGAUCGCGAAAACGUUCGAGGAGCCAAUACAGCAGAAACGUCCACCAAUGCAACGCGGAUACUCCGACCUGGGCCAUAGGAUUAAGAAGCGUGUUACUUUAAGCUCUAUUCCACCGCAGUAUGUGGGAAACAGCAGCGGUCAAUCGAACGACCGUGGUGAUGUCGUAAUCGUAGUUCCUAAUAUCGAUUCCGACCAGCUGGAACCGGUCGGCAUCGAAGACCUAGCAUCCGUCUGCAUCGAUACCGAGAUCGAGAUUGAACCCGGUAGCCCGAAAACCAUUACGGAAAGUUCGAUAAUCAUGAUGGACGAGGAAGAUGACGAAGACGACGAAGAGGAGGACAUCGAAGAGGAAGAGCUGGACAUUGGCGGUGAGAUCGAUUCACCCCCUUGGGACAUGUACGGCGAUUUGGAUGUGGAGGAUCAGGACGAAACCACGGAGAAUACCGCUCUGCUGCGAACGGCCGCCAAGACGGAGAUCAUUGUAACGCCGAUCAGUCCGGUAAGCUCCGCGUACGAGCUCAACCGAAUGGACAGCGACGACUACAAACGAUCUCGCCUAGGUGCGGGUAGCACUGCCAACACCAACGGCCAAGCCACAACCCCAAACAACAACGGCAGUGGCGAUCGCCAGCAACAGCUCACCGCAGGAACCUCAUCCGGUGGCGGCAGCUCUACAAUGGAUUCCCUAAAGCCGGAGAUGACCCCUCAGCAGCAGCCGCACCGAAGUCUCGCCUCCGAAGACAUAUGAGAAUGGCUGAAACUGUCCCCAAUGGUCCCAUUUAGUUCGUCGGGCAGGUGCUGCUACUAUUGCCGCAACGGCUGCCAUCACUUCCCAUUCCAUUUCCUGUUCUGUUACGUUUUCCGAGAUGUUCCAAGACUGGUGCUAGUACUGCUUUCCGUCUGCUGGGCGCCGACCACCGGUGAUGAAAGCUUGGUCGUUGGCCGUGAGUUAACGUGGACAAUAGCUCCCACGAGCAGGCAUCGGCAGAGAAUUCAGCUUCAGCUUCUGUUACAUCGGUACUAGACGCGGCACUGGUGUACGAGUGUAGGUUUAGUCAAUUUAGAGUAGUAGGUUUUUAAUAAUUAAUUUCUCCUAACGAGAGAAUAGCUCGAAUGAAGACGAUAGUUACAUAGUAGAACAUACAGCAAUUGACAAUUGCUUCUUAGUUAAACCUUUUAGUAGUUAAAUUGCACACAGUUUUGAUCUUCAACGAAAUUGAAAUACCAUCAAUUCGAGUACUAGCUUGUGAUUAUUGGAUAACCCAUCCAAAAUAGAUUUAAACACCCUUGAAGUAAUCAGUAAUGUGAUCGAGAUCUUCAAUUUGUUAAUUUAGAGAUGAAACAAAACGACGAAACGUCGGUAAAAAAUGCUUCAACGUUGCGGGGGAAGUUGAAUGGAGUACCUAAAUGAGAUUGUCAUUGAGUUAGAUUACGUUUGGUGGUUAUUCAGUAGAUUCGGUUGACUAUUCGUAUGCUUUACAAAACAAGCACGUUCGGAGACAUAUAUGAACGCUGCUGUGAAAACAGAUCUGCCUCUGUCUCGGCUUGCAGACAUACACUUCAACUUGAGCAAAUCAUGUCAAACUAGCGUUCAUGAUUUCGAGGCUACUUUUCAACCGGAUCAGUUUGGCCGGAAGACCAUAUGCAGAUAUUAUUCGGUAACUUCCUGACAACUGUUUUUCUCAAUCUUAUCGAUCAACUGUCAAGCGACACAUACCAAAGGUUUGAUCGUUUGAUCCACAGCAGACAGGAGCAUAAAUGUAGAGGACAUUCUCUCUCGGUAAAUGCAGGAUAUCAACCACAUCCCGAACUUCCCUGAAAUAGGUUUUCUUUCCUUUGUACACUUAUUUUAAUUUAACAGCCCUUUUGUUCACUAGAACACUACGUGAGCAUGGGACAUUUUGGCUGUUGUACUGAGUUUGUACAGAGUCUGUGGGUCACUUUCUUAUUUACUAACUUUUGGCACUACUGAUCGCUUCGAUGUUACUCUCUUCUACUUCGUUGAUGGUAGGAACAAGAAGCACGUGAUGUAGUUGCUGUUAUUCCUUAUCAAUCCACCCAAAAGUCCAUUGGUAUCGCCGUGGUCGCCAUCAAAUUAUACGGUUUCAUUAGAGCAUGUGAUCAGAGAAGGCUCAGUGUCAAUCGACGAUUCUGUCGACUUGACGAAAAGUUUUUAGUGGCGUGGCUGGGAAUUGAAUCCAUCAUGGCCAUUCGCAUACAAAGCGCUCGCAACCACGAGACCGUGCAAAAAUAUAUGGAUCUUGUUGGUAUCCAUUUUGUGCCUCUGUUUCUGUCUGCAAUGCUCGUACUCUUGACGUGCCAGUCAGACGUUUGUGAUAGUGAGACUUCAAAGCCAUUGCCCAGACUUAAAUUUCUCAGCAAAGCAUUUAUCAGAAUAUUCAGCAUUAACAAACCACAGACAAUUACACAUGAAGAUUUAUUCAAGGGAUUGAAUUCUUCAGAAAUUUCUCAGAUAAUAGAGAAAGAAGGAUGUAUCGGUAUCCUAAAAAUAACAGAAUUUUAAGGAAUAAAUAAUUUCGGAAAAUUCUUGGAAAUUUCCGAAAAAAGUUUUUAUUAAGAAAAGGAAUUUUCGGAUUUUUUUACCUAAAUUUUGUAAUUUUACUUGUCUAGAAAUUCUGCCAGCAAUAUUCCAAGAGUACUAUCAGUAGUGGUUGUACGAAGUUAUUCUAUGGUUGUACUCUCCAUUGAAGAGUUUCCUAUAGCAUUAACAGUCUAGCAUUUAUGUUGACUGCUUGAUAUUUUCUGCCGGUUAGAUUUUUAAAAUAAAACUGCUGUACUGCCUUCAUGUUUUUCAAAAUUGUUUAUUUUUGACAUUAGAGUUCUAAGAUGUGUUAUGUUGAGGCAUUUUAUUGCUGCUUUAGCAAUGUUCCAGCAAAAUCUAAGCUGAGAUUAGAUUUACUAAUGAUUUAAGGACUUUGUUACCGUUUACUCCCAAUGCCCAGUUACAUAAAACCACCGCAUAUUUUUUUAACCCAUACAUGUAAUACAACGUCAGCUUUUAGUUAGCUUUUUCUUAUUGUGUGGUGAGUUUGUCUAGACAAGUAAGCCAUUGAUCAACUAUUGGUCACCAGUUCAAUUUAAAUGACAUAUACUACCUAUGAUCGCAUAUCGUCUCAUAUUUGUUGGUUUUUCCUAUUCAUAUGCGAUUGUUAUGCGAUCAUAGGCAGUAUAAUGAAUGCAGUGAAUGAUAAUGGUGACAAAGUGGUCAGUAACUAUGUAAUGAGUUUACUAUCAUCUCUUGAGUAAAUUUUUUUGAUUAGCUCCUGAAAUUCUGGUCCUUGAAAUUCAAAAACAAUCCACGUAAUGUGUGUUUUUUUAAUGACAUACUGACUCAUUUCCUCCAUUCAACAAGUACCAAAACGAACUCAACUGUGAAACGGUUUAAGUAGGAAAAUUACUUAAGUUACUAAAAAAUGCUUAACCAUGAUAUUCCACCCAGCACAAAUGAUAUACUCAAAUCGUUAGCAACAGCACAGCGAUAAUAGUAUCGAUAUUAAUGCCUUAUUUUCUCAUUAUUUGCUACUCUAAGGACAACUUCGCGGUCAUUGAAAUGAAGCACAAAAAUGACAGAAAUGUGAUUUCAGUUACAAGUACGAUUAUCUUCAUGACACAUAUUGAUAAAUCAGGAAGCCUCGAAUGCCCGGAUUCAAUUUUAGAAUUGAGCCAAGAAAACAAAUACUCUAGUUUUAAUCGAUUUCAUUUUACGUAAAUUCCUAGCCCUAAGAUCCAUAACCUACCAUUUAGAAAAAAAAUGUUUAAUUCGAGAAAUGUAUCAACUUACAUCCUAGACUAAAUGAUUGCUAAUCUCCCUUCGGGAGGGCUGAUCCAAUGCAGUUCCUGAUAUGGAAAACCCAUGCAUAUAUAAAGAAAAUUCACACAAAGGCCAAAAAGGAUUUCGACUUCACACAGAAUUUAAUCAUCUAGGUAACAAACUGCAGAUCGUAAUUGAAAUCCCGAAUAAAUAUUCGCAAAGCGUAUGCUAGUGAACCACAACAGUGCGAAUCAAAUUGAAGUUUGAUGCAAAAAAUGUCAAUUAUUAAUUAUAAAGCUCAGACACAAGAUAAGCAAACGAUUAGUGUAGCUGAAAGAGAUCAAAAGUAUUAAAAUAGGCCAGAUGUAGAAAAAAAAUCGUAGCACCAUUCGCCGGUUUCAGGGUGCAGCUGAUCCCCUAUUCGCGAAUGCACCCCCAAAAGAGUGACGCACAGUGAUUGAAAAAUUAGAAACUCAAAAAGCCAUUGUCCAUCGUGAAUGGUACGAAAAGCGCAUCCUUAUUAUGCUAAGAUACACAACCAACUCGGUUUCCUACCAAGCGGCUAGACGUGGUAAACAGGAGGAACAAAAUUUCGAAUCCAGAAAGAAAGAGUUUGACGAAAAAUUAUCCAAGGAAGUCCAACGUGUCCCCUGACAAUUUUGAUUUUUCCUCUAAUUCUUUAGAGCCCUCUGGAUACGAAAGACGAAAAAGACAUUCACAAAAAAAAAUCAACUCCUGCCAGUAUGCCCCCGUGGAGACCAAACCAACCAUUCGGGACUAAAGGAAACAUCUUCCAAAACAACAUAUUUGCGAUGGCUAUAGUAUUGUAGAAGAGAUCGAAUAAUCUAUCAACUGCUGGUAGAACGUUGUGUUAAUCGACAAGACAAUAAAACAAAUGAAAAUGAACGGAACUCUUAAAGUACGGCAAUGCAAAAGAUAAGUGGAGCAAUCCAACACAAAAAUAAACACUCCUAUUAUCUAAAAAUUUGAGUGUAUCUUGCCACCGAAGAGGUAAAAUCAAAAACUGGCAACAGCAACUCGAAAACAGCGUAGAAAAAUUCAACGUAGAAUAGAUAUUUUUAUAUAACAGAAAAAAAAGAAUAGAUCAACUCUAAACAUAUACUUCGAGUAAUGGAAGGGAACGUUUUUAGAGUUUUAUAUUCGUUACGUUUUCAUAUCCUUUAUGAGGUAGAACAUAUUCUAGCGAUACUGUUAGUGCGAUACGCAUCUAGGAACGAACUUCUGUCGUAAGUGCAUAUUAUUUCUAUUGAAAGUAUAAAAUGUUUUGUUAAGCUGAUUUCUUGACGAUAUUAUAUUAAGUUAUGGUUUAGUUUAUGUUUUCAUUGUAUUAAUUAUAUAGUAGAAUAAACAAUUGGACCAUUUUUA